AUGAAGCACUUCAUGAUGCCAAGAAACGCCGUCGUGCGAGACAUCGGAGAGCCGCAAUCGCCGAACCCUAGCUUGACUAAAUCCAAGUCCCAAAGGAAGACAAGAUCCGCCAAAGAGAACGCCCCGCCUCCCGAUCCGAACUCGCUGCCGCCUGAUUAUAGGUCUUCUCCGGCGAAACUGAAGAGUCCACUGCCUCCGCGUCCGCCGUCUGCCAAUCCUCUUAAACGGAAGCUCAUCGCGGAAGCUGCGUCGGAUAACGGUGUAGCUGGGGUUUCAGAUUCUGGUGUUAAGGUUAUAGUCAGAGUGAAGCCUCCAAGCAAAGGCGAGGAAGAGGAGAUGAUAGUCAAGAAGAUCUCCAGCGAUGCCCUCACUAUAAAUGACCAUACUUUCACUUUCGACUCAAUUGCUGACCCUGACUCAACACAGGAUGAAAUCUUUCAACUUGUGGGAGCCCCUCUUGUGGAAAACUGUCUGGCUGGAUUUAAUAGUUCUGUUUUUGCCUAUGGACAGACUGGUAGUGGGAAAACGUAUACCAUGUGGGGUCCUGCAAACGGAUUGUUGGAAGAGCACCUGAUUGGUGACCAAAGAGGUUUGACUCCACGUGUCUUUGAACUGCUCUUCGCCCGUAUCAGUGAGGAGCAAGUGAAGCACGCUGAACGGCAGCUCAGUUACCAGUGCCGCUGUUCUUUUCUCGAGAUAUACAACGAGCAAAUAACAGAUCUUUUGGAUCCGAGCCAGAAAAACCUGAUGAUUAGAGAAGAUGUCAAGUCCGGUGUUUAUGUUGAAUAUCUGACUGAGGAAAACGUGAAAAAUUUGAAGGAUUUGUCAGGGCUCCUGAUCAAGGGUUUGGCAAACAGAAGGACAGGUGCAACAAGUGUAAAUGCAGAGAGUUCAAGGUCGCAUUGUGUAUUUACUUGUGUUGUUGAGUCACAUUGCAAGCAGAGUGCGGCAGAUGGUCUAAGCAACUUCAAAACAAGUAGAAUAAAUCUUGUUGAUCUGGCUGGUUCGGAAAGACAAAAAUCAACUGGUGCAGCAGGAGAACGGUUGAAGGAAGCUGGGAAUAUCAAUCGAUCACUUUCUCAACUUGGGAAUUUGAUCAACAUCCUCGCAGAAAUUUCACAAACAGGGAAGCAAAGGCAUAUACCAUACAGAGAUUCCAGGCUGACGUUCCUAUUGCAGGAGUCUCUUGGUGGGAAUGCAAAAUUAGCUAUGGUUUGUGCGGUAUCUCCCUCGCAAAGUUGUAGAAGUGAAACGUUCAGCACCUUGAGAUUUGCUCAGCGUGCAAAGGCGAUUCAGAACAAGGCCGUUGUCAAUGAAGUGAUGCAGGAUGAUGUAAAUUUCUUGCGGGAAGUCAUACGCCAGCUGAGGGAGGAACUGCAAAGGGUGAAGAAUAAUGGAAACAACCCAGCUAAUCCGAAUGCAGCUUAUGCCACUUCCUGGAAUGCACGUAGAAGUAUGAGUUUGUUAAGAAGUUUUGGCCUGAGUCAUCCAAAGUCAUUAGCCAAUGGAGAUGAUGAUGGAGAUACUGAGAUGGAAAUAGAUGAAGAGGCUGUUGAAAGGCUUUGUGCUCAAAUAGGCCUGCAGUCAUCUCCACCUGCCGAGGAGAACAAUCCGGACACGAGCAGAGUAGAGAAAAUAAAUCCAUCCUUACAUACUGUGGCCUUGGAGGAUGAAAAUUACGAGAACUCCCACCUUCAGUCAUCUGAUGGCCAAUCUACAGGAAAGCAGUUUCCUGAGAAUACAGAUGUUAACAUGGAGGAUGCAAGUUGCCAAACUGAGAAUCACGAGGCAGUUACUAUUAAUAAUGAGCCAACCGUGGAAGAAACUGGCAUCACAGCAGCCGUGCAAACUAUGGAUCAUGGUUCAAGUGUGCUGCCUCAUUUGAUAACCAAUUCUCUUGGUUCUCCUAUUAGUGACACAGACCACGACAAUUCACUUGGCAAGGCGGAAAACAUUCCAUCAUGCCAAGACUUGGUUCCUGGAGCUCUUGCUUCUUCGAUUGCAUCAGUAGCUGAUGCUUCAGAUGAUACAGAACACUUCUCAAUAAUUCCUGCGUCACCUUGCCUCAGCAUAGAUCCAGCAAGUGCUUCUCAUGUGCUAAUAACUCCCACUGAGAGCGUCUCUCCUAGGAUUAGGAAUAGUAGGAAAAGCUUGAGGACAUCAUCAAUGUCCACCGCAUCACAAAAAUAUAUUGAGAGAGCAAACCAAGUAACUACAGAAAUCGUCGAACCUUCUUCCGCUGUGUCUACAGAGAUGUUAAACCUACCUAGUGCUUUGUCUACACAGAAAAGUGGAGCUUUUCCUGUGCCAACAAACCAAUUGGCGGCUAGCCUCCACAGAGGAAUGAAAAUACUCGACUCCUAUCGCCAGAGUACUGCUCAGAGACGAUCUACAUUUGGGUUCUCCUACAAAGCUCUAGAAUGCAAGCCUUCGACGGUUUUAAGCAAGGCUGAUGUAGGUGUACAAACUUAUCCCGAAGCUGAUAUAAUAGCAGAAGAGAACCCAAAAGAAGUAGUGUGCAUUAAAUGCAAAUGCAUAGCAGAAUGUGAUGUCCAAGAAACAAGUGACAUUUCAAAUCGUCAGUCAGUAACUGUUGACAACUCAGAAAAGUCCAGUUUCCAAGUUCCUAAGGCAGUGGAAAAGGUUCUAGCAGGGUCUAUCCGAAGAGAAAUGGCUCUGGAAGAGUACUGCACUAAGCAAGCCUCUGAAAUAUCACAGCUUAAUCGGCUGGUUCAGCAGUACAAACAUGAGCGAGAGUGCAAUGCCAUCAUAGGACAAACAAGGGAGGACAAAAUUGUUCGUCUUGAAGGCCUCAUGGAUGGCGUGUUAUCUAAAGAUGAUUUCCUGGAUGAAGAAUUUGCAUCUCUCAUGCAUGAGCAUAAGCUUCUGAAGGACAUGUACGAGAACCACCCUGAAGUAUUGCAGACGAGGAUUGAGUUGAAACGAGCACAAGAAGAGCUUGAAAGUUUCAAGAACUUCUAUGGUGAAAUGGGAGAAAGGGAAGUGUUACUGGAAGAGAUUCAAGAUUUAAAGGCGCAUGUACACUGUUACACCGACACUUCUCUUACAUCGUCUCGGAAAAGAGGUUCCCUGCUUAAGCUGACAUACACUUGUGACCCUAAUCCGGCUCCACCACUUAAUGCCAUUCCUGAGUCAGUGGAGGAGAGUCCUGAGAAGACAUUAGAACAGGAAAGACUUCGUUGGACAGAAGCUGAGAGAAACUGGAUAUCUCUAGCUGAGGAGUUAAAAAAUGAGCUUGAUACCAAUAGGAAGCUGAUGGAAAAGCAGAAACGGGAACUGGAUACGGAGAAAAGAUGUACAGAAGAGUUGACGGAAGCAAUGCAGAUGGCGAUGAAAGGCCAUGCACGGAUGAUUGAACAAUAUGCAGACCUGGAAGAGAAACAUAUACAAUUGCUUGCGAGGCACAGGAGGAUCCGAGAAGGAAUAGACGAUGUUAAAAAAGCAGCAGCCAGAGCAGGAGUCAAGGGAGCAGAGUCCAGAUUCAUAAACGCACUUGCAGCAGAGAUCUCAGCGUUGAAAGUGCAAAGAGAGAAAGAGGCACAAUACUUCAGAGAUGAGAACAAGAGUCUCCAGUCACAGCUAAGAGAUACAGCUGAAGCUGUUGAAGCAGCAGGAGAGUUACUUGCUCGACUUAAAGAAGCUGAAGAAGGAUUAAAAAUCGCUCAGAAACGGGCAACGGAUGCAGAGUAUCAAGCAUCAGAAGCAUAUAAACAGAUUGAAAAACUGAAGAGCAAACAAGAAACUGGAAUCAGCACUCUUAACCAACAACAACACAUUGCAGAGUCGCACAAUCACAUUGAAUCUUUACAGGCUUCUUUACAUGGCGAUGAUAUGGCCAAAUAUGAUGAGCCAGUGGAAGAGCCAUCAGCAAGUUCAGGAGAUGAGCAAUGGAGAGAAGAGUUCGAGCCAUUUUACAAGAAAGACGCGGAAUUGGCAAAGCUCGCCGAACCUUCUUGGUUCUCAGGGUAUGACAGAUGCAACAUAUAGUUUCGUUUCCACAACAUAUUGUUUUCUUGUAAUGUGUAUAGGAAAAAAAUCAGAUAUUGUUGGGGUCUGAUCUGAUUUUUAAGUUUGCGAAUUUAUCAUUGUAUUUCUUAUAUCGUAUAAACUCAUUUUACAAUGUAUACCUUUUCGUUCUCAUCCAUGUCACAAACCGAAAGAUGUCUUUGUAAGAGAUUUGAUUUGUCAGCACUAAUGGGAAUAAAGCUUUUGGUGAGCAAUU